AUGGCUAUCGCAGAAGUCGCACACGCCCAGCAACCGGACAUAGGAUAUAAACCGGACUAUGACAAGUAUCUUGCACGCGUACAGAAGCGCCUGAAGAACGAAGCGCUCGACAAGACACUGCCCCCUGGCUUUCCGACCGAACUCAAGUCUGACUUAGUAUGGGACAACACCGACAUAGCCGAUCGUUUUAACUGGACCUACAAGCUUACUUCGUCCGACCUGGACGAGAUCGAGGGUGCAUUGCAACACUUCAAGAGCUUGAAGAAGGCCUUGGGUUACGUCAGCGCAGAGACUUUUCCGUUGCCAAACCUUCACAGCAAACUGCGAGAGAUCUCACACGAGAUCCAUCACGCCUUUGGGUUCAAGGCCAUCCGGGGACUGCCCGUAUCCACACACAACAGAGAAGACAUCAUCAUCAUCUAUGCUGGCAUCGCAUCCCAUAUCGCACCCAUCCGCGGCCGUCAAGACAACCAGUACAAUGGUAAGCCAGCGGAUGUCGUGCUCAACCACAUCAAAGACUUGAGUAAGCUCUACGAUGCGAGCAAAAUCGGUGCUCCAGCAUACACAACGGAUAAACAGGUCUUCCAUACCGACUCAGGGGACGUCAUAGCCUUGCUAUCGCUGGCAGAAGCGGCCGAAGGUGGGGAGAGCAAACUAAGCAGCAGCUGGCGUGUAUACAACGAGCUCGCGCGCACUCGACCUGACCUUAUCCGGACACUGGCAGAGCCAUGGCCUGCAGAGAACUUUGGUGACAAGUCGAAGCCCUACGUCUCUCGUCCUCUCCUUCACCACCAACCCGCAACAUCCACAUCUCCCGAGCGCCUCAUCAUCCAGUAUGCGCGCCGCACGUUUACCGGCUUUCAGGGUCUACCACGCUCUUCUGAUAUCCCUGCCAUAACUGAAGCGCAAGCCGAAGCGCUCGAUGCCCUCCACUUCCUCGCCGAGAAGUACGCCGUCUCACUCAACUUCAAGGAAGGAGACGUGCAGUUUGCAAACAACCUGAGUAUCUUCCAUGCACGUGACGGGUUUACGAACACGGAGGAAAAACAGAGACAUCUGGUAAGGUUGUGGUUGAGAGACCCGGAAAACGCGUGGGAAACGCCGAGUGCACUGGCAGAGAGGUGGGAGAAGGUGUACGGGGAUGUUGAGGCAAAGAGGCAGGUGUUCCCACUCGAGCCAUAUAUCAGGAUUGCGAGUUUGGGCGCGGGUGGGGAGAGUAAGUAA